AUGGUACUCAACAAGAAUCACUCGCAGGGUGGCAGAAUGAUCGUCAACAACACUGAGAGCAUCCUAAUGUUUUAAUACUGUGUGGAACUUACAUUCAAAGACAUGAAGAAGGUGCCUGUGGCCUUCAAAGAGACCAAGAAGUCCUUCAUGGUGCUGUUUUAUCUGAUGAAGGACUGUGAGAUCAAGCAGCCUGUGUUUGGUGCAAACUACAUCAAGAGGACAGUGAAGGCUGGAGCAGGAGGUGGCUGGGAAGGCUCUGCGACACACAAGUUGACCUUUAUGGUAGGGAGUGCCAUCAUGUUUGGACAACAGAUACUGCAAGUGGCAUCUCAAGUUCCAGGACCUCCUAUGAUGGAUGGGGUCAUAGGUUAUGUGCCCCAUCCUAGGCCCAUGGAACCUCCAGUCAGCAUCCCUGAAGUCCCCUCCACUCCUGGAGCUGAAGGUAAAGCUGCAGAAGCGGCUACCAGAGACUAUUACAAUCUGGGUAACCCACAUGAUGUCUACACUCCCACGAACCAGCUUCGGCCACCUUCCUACUACCAGUCUCCCCAUGGAAGAAGAACCAGCAUACCCUUCCUGCUCCUGCCUCCCACCCCUGGACUGGUGUUGAGGGAAAGGGGGCCCCUGACUCAGAAGCCAUGCCUCCCAGCUUCUCAAGCUAGCCCAGAGCCCACGGCGCUGCUUGGAUGCACUUCCCUCUCACCAUCCCUGGUGCUCUCCUCAGGAGCAUGGGUGAUCAUCUCGUUCCUGUCUUGCUCUGGUAGCUUCUACUCACAGAGGGACUUUCUGGCCACCUUGUCUACUCAGUACAGCUCCCUCGUUUGA